AUGGAAAUCUGGGAGUUGGAAAACCAUAAUCUUUUACCAAGUUCAGAUCUAGGUCUUGGAUACAUCUACUGUGAUUAUGGAGACCAGAAAGAGCAAACGGUGGAAAACAUCCUUGGAGCAAUAUUGACACAGCUACUAGACUCUCUACAUGAAAUUCCGAAAGAUAUUCUAGACUUCUACCACGAGAGACACACCGAUUCAAAGAAACCACUGGGCUCGGAGGAUGCCGACCAUCUCCUCCGAAUCAUUUGCACAAAAUUUAGGAGAGUAUAUAUUUGUCCGGAUGCGCUUGACGAAUUACACUUACACGACGGGCCUUUAUGCAUACAAAUAUUCCUUACCGGUCGUCCUCAUGUCCAGGGAGCCGUUAAGGAAUUCUUCAAAAGGGAGCAGGAUAUCACCAUUGAAGCUCGCGAGAGCGAUAUUCGACGUUUCAUCGAAAGUGAAAUUGGUGGACCCAAUGAUAUUGACCCCAAAGCUAUGGAUGAAUUGCUCAGAAAGGACAUUUUUGAAAUAAUUGUCGACUCGGCUAAAGGAACGUUCCUAUUGCCGAUAUUUCAGAUUCGUGUAGUCCUCCAGGCCACAACUUUACGUGACCGUGAAGAUGCUUUGAAGAAAUUGCUGUCGGGUCUUGACCAGAUCUUUGCGGGAACGCUGAGUAGGAUAAAACAACAACCGUUUACAGUAGCGGAGCGUGCUAUAAAAAUUAUUGCGUGUAUUCAUUUAUCAAAACCACAAAUAGUGCCGAUUGGAGGCUGUGUUUGUGGUGUUGCACGCGAUGCUUGGGCUCAGGCGCUUCGCAACCUCGAUGACUUAGGAUUCAACGUUGACUACGUUAUAUCAUCCAUGCGGAACCAUGCCAGCAAUCCGUGUAUGUUCGGAUUUCUUAUUGAACAAGGUGUUAUAGCAACGGUAUUGAAUACUGGGUUGCCGUUGGAGGGAUGCAAAGGCAAGCGAUUUGUGCAAAGGAUAUUUACGAAGUUUCCAUCCUACGCUUUGAAUUCUCCCGAGAACGCUGCCUUUUCCAAUCUUCUCUUCGUCCCGAACAUCUUUAAUUACCCUAUACUCGACUGGCUGAUGCUAAUAAUCCAACGACGGCCCCGUAUUGACGAAAGUAAUGUUAAUUCUUUGUCUAUGCGAGGAAAAAUUACACUGUAUCCAAUUCAAAUCGCUACGGCGAGAUAUCACAAGGCUUCCGAGGAGGGGUUCUUCAAUGCUCUCCCAAAAUGGAAAAGGGGCCUUGAGGAAUAUGAAGUCAAUGUCGAAUUCAUAUGGAUUACUCUUGACUCAGCUACCACCACAGGCAUCCCAGAGAAUCUCAAACGUCUACGCGGUCGAGAAAUCUCUAUGAAUCCUAAGUACACAUCAAAGAAAAUUCACCUUUCCGAAGUCAAUCCAAGGCUGUGGAAAGGGUUUGAUAUCAGGGCUCAAGCGCGUAACAGAGCAAGAAGCGGCAACAGCGAACCAGGAAGCGUUAGCAACGGCAGCGAAGAAGCGAAGAAAGACAGAAAUUGUGUAGUGAUGGAAUAG